CGAGCGCACAAGUUUGACGAUAAAUUAUCACGAACCAUCACCGCAUAUGUAAUAUCUUGUCACAAGGAUAAUUUAUGUCCGGUCUCGAUAACCGCGAGUUCUCGUUGAACACGUCCGGUGUGUUCUAUGUUAUCGUACGAAAAAUCGUUGACAUUCAUCACGAAUCGUGCAUUCUCGUUUACUCUCUUGAUUUGUGCGGAAUCAUUUUUUAAAAAAUGUCGCUGUGAUUUCCUUAAUAAUUAUAGUAGAAGAAAUGUCGACUAUUUUUUAUCACACAUACAGAGACUUUUCUAAUUCGGCGGAGAAUUAUUUAUAAAAUAUCAGUACUUGCAAAUAUAAGAGCAUUAUACGACAGAUAUAAAUAUAAGAAUCAUUAAUGUGACUUUGUUCCAGAAUAAGCGGGGACGUGUAUACAUACCUAUCCGUAUAUAUACGCAACAGUAUCGAUUUCACACGUCGACGCGACGAUUUCCUUUUUUUUUUCGACAAGAUAUAGUGAUUACGCGUUCGCGUAUAAAGUGUACGAUCUUGGAUAUCGAAAAGAAAACGAAAACAAGCAUGUUUGUUCUGUCAUUGCCAACCUGACAAACAAACCUUGCGAGCGAUUAAAGCUAAAAAUUCAUUAAUAUAAAACGAUAAUUUUUAUUCAAUUUAGAUCGCACAGGCUUGACAGCUCCCGUAUUGCACUUUCGUAUCUUUAGGUUAUGUUCGUGCAUGUAUAUUCCUACGUUACCUUAUGUUAAUGUCAAGAUUUUUUCUUUGAGAAUAUGACACGUUCACACGUAAAGUAUCAAAUUGCUAGAGAUGAUGUAGAUACAACAGAUUAUUUGCCACAAAAUAUUUCGGAGUUUCAAAAUGUAUCGAAACUGGAAACUUCAUUUUGGAGAAAAGCAUCCCAGGCACUUUUAUUAAUCUCUGCUUAUUUUGUUUUAUCAGUGGGUCUUACAUUUUAUCAACCAUGGCUUUAUAAUACAUAUGGAUUUAAUUUUCCUCUGGGAGUAGUAGUUUGCCAUUUGGUUAUAAAGUUUAUAUUGGCUGCAUUAAUAAGAUGCAUCAGAAAAUGUUGCAAUAACAAACAGAUAAAUCUUCCAUGGCAAAGUAUAGUUUGGUCAUUAAUGGCACCUGGUAUUGCUAGCGGUGUUGAUGUUGGUUUAUCAAAUUGGGCACUUUCAUUGAUCCACAUGUCCUUAUACACUAUGACCAAGUCAACCACCAUCAUAUUUAUUCUUGGAUUUUCCCUUGUUUUUAAACUGGAAAAGAAGUCAUGGUCACUAGUAGGAAUAGUAGUGAUGAUAGCAGGAGGAUUGGCAAUGUUCACAUAUAAAUCUACCCAAUUCGAUGUUUUCGGAUUUAUACUGUGUCUCUUAGCGUCAUUCUCUAGUGGUAUUCGGUGGACUAUGACACAACUGAUCAUGCAAAGAUCCAAACUUGGUCUCCAUGAUCCAAUAGAAAUGAUGUAUUAUAUGCAACCUUGGAUGCUAUUACCUGCAUUAUUUGUAGCUUCGUGGUUCGAAGGGAGCAAAAUAUACGACAAUUUUAAAAAUACCGAUUGGAACGAUAUCGGUAGUGUUUUGAUAACUGCAAGUGCUGUCAUAGCAGGUGCCAUUUUAGCAUUUAGUAUGGAAGUAAUGGAAUUCUUAGUUGUUACUUAUACUUCUAGUCUAACGUUGUCGAUCUCGGGGAUAUUUAAGGAAAUAUGCAUAUUAAUACUGGCCUUUGCUUGGAAAGGUGACCAAAUGACUGGCCUUAACUUCAUAGGAUUGUUAAUGUGCCUUGGUGGUAUAAUACUUCAUGUUGUCCAGAAGAUAUUGGUUAACAGAAAAAAGGCAGUUGAUAAUUUGGAAUUACAAUCGAAGUUACCGAGUGAAAAUUCUAAACAUGAAGAGAGAACCGAUUCGAAUAUACCAUUAUUAACAGAAAAAUCAACAUCCUUAAUGAAUCUUCUUAACGCCGAAUUUAGCUCGGAUGAAGAUGAUAACUCGAAAGAGAAUGAUAAUUCGACGCAAAUGCUGUCAAAUAUUUUGCAACGCAGAGAACAGUGACACAUACACAUUGUGAAUCUUUAGUUCUGAUAUACGCUGCCGUACGAUGCUGUAUUACUUUAACAAGAAAAGACAUUCCAAACAACGUACGUUUAUUUAUGCUUGUAGCAUUUUAUAUUUUUGCAUUAUAAACUUUACAGUUGAUAAUGAAUUAUCAACGUCAUAAGUUAUAUUUCGAGAAUUGGCAUGAAAAUUAACAUAACGAAAAACUCAAAAAAAUAUGGGUAUUUUUUAGAUAUUCUUUAAGAUCUUUCGGACGAGAAUUUAUAUGAAGUAUUGAGAAUUGUAUUAUUUUAAGAUAAUUUGGUGUGAUAAAAGCGCAAGAGUUAUAUGGAUAUCCCGCAGAAUUGAGAAGUACAAAGAUGAAAGUAUAAUUGACUUUAUUGUACAUGUAUUUCGAUAUUUAGUAGGAACUAAAUUAAUAUUUUGGACUAUAA